GACUGCCGCAUAGCUCGCGUACUGUAGCUCGCGGGCGGCGGCGGUUUUGAGCAUGACAGAAACAACCAUUUUUCGUUUGACCGCAGGACGUCUGGCUUCAUGUCGUGCAGUCGCUAGGCGCUGGGGGUCCGUGCAGUUAGACACGCUCUUGUUUUCCCAUUUCGACUGCCCGAGCUGCCCCUUGCCAACCACACAAAGAGCCAUGACUACUUUUACGCGUUCCUCACGUUGGGUGUCGGCGGCGGCUUCGUCGACUGAAAACGCCCCCGAGCCCGAUGUGAUCACAAAGCUUCGGGUUACGACCGUCACCCAGCGAGUCGCCCUGCGUCCUGCAAACAAGGUUCAGCCGGUUGCUGUCAAACCAGGCAAGCUGCAAAGGUCGGCGUCGCUGACAACAAAGUGCCCGGAGCCCAAGGCUACAGCUCGGAGUCGCCCGACACGCGCUGCAAAGCAUGUCGUGGUGAAGAAGCUACCAGAGACGGACACUGUUGCGUCCCUGGACGUGGGUGAGCUCCGCUUGGAGCCCGCACAGACACAGUCUUUCUCGAGCCAGCUGCUGCUGCCAGACGGCGUGCCGGACAUUGACGCCGACGACCAGGGCAAUCCCCAGCUGUGUGCAGAGUACAGCAAGGACAUUUUCGAGUACCUUGUCUCACUCGAGGAUAAGUUCCCGGUGCACAAGCAGUACCUGAAGAAGUGCAACCUCCACAUCACAGGCGGCAUGCGGGCCAUCCUCAUCAACUGGCUCAUGCAGGUCCACGCAAGGUUCCAGCUACUGCCAGAGACACUCUUCCUUACAGUGUCGGUCAUGGACCGCUUCCUGCAGGCGGAGUCCGUGCCCCAUUCGAAGCUGCAGCUGGUGGGUACUGCGUCAAUGUUACUCUCCGCCAAGUAUGAGGAGAUGUAUACCCCCGCGGUGGAUGACUUCGUGUACGUGACGGAUGGGGCCUGCGGCAAGAGGGACGUGCUCUGCAUGGAGAGGACCAUCCUGGACAAGGUGGACUGGGUCCUCGGGCGCCCCAUCCCCCUCCACUUCCUGCGCAGAGUCUCAAAAGCUGGGCAGGUGGACAAGGUGCAGCACUCGCUGGCCAAGUAUAUUCUGGAGCUGUCCCUGCUGUGCUAUGAGCUGAGCUGGGUGCGCCCCUCUGAGCAGGCUGCGGCAGCCCUCUGCCUGUCCCUGAAGCUGUGGGGUAAGGACUGGGACCCCACCCUAACCCACUAUGGCCGCUACAGCCAGGCCCAGCUGGUGCCCACCAUGGCUGUCAUGGCUGCAAUUGUGCUGGAUGCCGACAAGAGCAAGUUCACGGCCACGUACCAGAAGUUCAAGAGCAAGAGGUUGGAUGCGGUCAGCAACCUGGCAGUGUUGUACAGUGCAGUAUUCAAGAAGAUUGCAGGGCGGACCUGAGCUUGGACCAUGUGGUUGCACCCCCUGCCUGCCUUUGUCACUCUGCCUUUGCAGAGUUUUAGCACCAUCUUAAUGACUAUGUAAAUAAACUGCUUCUUUUUUA